CGCGGCGCAUCUGUCAAAUUUCCAAACAGUCCGCUGGUGAACGCUUCGGAAUUGUGGAAGGGAUAAAUGCUUUGCUCAACUAAUCGACAAAUGAGGAAUUGAAAAAAAUGGAGAGUGAAACAUGCAUUGCAGAGCUGGAGAAUGAUAUCCGAGCAUUGCGAAAGCAGUUGAUACAGAAGGUCCAACAGUUGAAGACCUUGAAAAAACAUUUUCAGAAAAACUGUAUCAAUAAGUUGAACAACAAUGAAAUUGCUCGCUACAGUCGACAGAUCAUUCUGUCGGGAAUCGGCGUUCAGGGACAAUUGAAGCUGAAACGGGCAUCCGUUCUUGUGGUUGGCGCGGGCGGAUUGGGAUGUCCAUCUUCGUUGUAUCUGGCUGGAGCUGGAAUUGGCCGCAUUGGAAUAUUGGACUAUGAUGAAGUUGAACUGACCAAUCUUCACAGGCAGUUGCUCCACACGGAAUCAUCUAUCGGUUUGGCCAAGGUUGAAUCCGCGGAAGCCUUUUUGGAACAGCUGAAUUCUCAAAUCGAAAUAGUUACGCAUCAUACGCAGCUAUCGAGUGACAAUGCACUCAGAAUCCUGGAACUGUACGAUAUAAUUGUUGAUGCCACUGAUAAUGUGGCUACGAGAUAUCUGCUGAAUGAUGCUUGCAUUUUACUGAACAAGCCGUUGGUUUCUGGAAGUGCUUUGCAGUUAGAAGGUCAGUUAACUGUGUACAAUUACAACGGAGGGCCAUGCUAUCGUUGCCUUUUCCCAAACCCUCCGCCACCCGAAACAGUUACGAAUUGUGGUGAUGGUGGAGUGCUUGGUGCUAUUACUGGUGUGAUUGGUGCCCUGCAAGCGUUGGAAACAAUUAAAAUAAUUCUUGGUAACGAAGGCGUACUUUCUGGUCGUCUGUUGUUAUUUGAUGGCCAGCAAAGUACUUUUCGGAAUUUGAAACUUCGUUCGAAGAAAGCAGAUUGUGCAGUUUGCUCCGAAGGUGCCUCUUUGACUAAAUUGAUUGAUUACGAACAGUUCUGCAAUAUGAAGGCAACUGAUAAGGAUUCACAUCUGAGUCUGUUGGAACCACACGAGCGGAUCACCGUACAGGAGUAUAAAGAGCUGGCAGACAAAGGCGUUCCCCGUAUGCUCAUCGAUGUCCGCGGUGCAAACCAAUUUGAAAUUUGCCAGUUACCAGCUUCGGUCAAUAUUCCCAUCGAUGACAUCCUAAAAAAUCGUCGAACGGACGAAAUAUUGGAGCAUGUUUCCCGGAUGACAACAUCUGCGAGCAUGCCAGUGUUUAUAGUUUGUCGCCGCGGAAACGAUUCGCAGCUUGCCGUACGACAUUUGUCGCCCCUUUUUCAGAAGAGUGGAAUGAGUCUACCGCGGGACAUUGUGGGUGGUUUACACGCGUGGACUCGUGGUAUUGACCCCGAUUUUCCCAUCUAUUGAUUUUUGUAAAUAUAUUUGAUUGAGAAACCA